GUGCGCGGCGCGCAGGUGUUUUGUUGUUCGAGCCAGCUGCAGCUUCGCGCGGUCGCCGCCAGGGUCGCAGCUUCGCGGCGCGCGCGCGUCGCCUUCGCACGUCGUCGACAGAUGAGCAUCGUCCCCGCGCACACCGGGAGAAGGAAACAACCAAACACACCCGUGUUUGUUUGUUUUCAUUACUCGUUCGCGCGCGCAACACGCCACGCCACGCCGCGCGCGUGCAUUUUCGCUGUUCGCUUGUUUUUUUGUUGUUUUUUUUUAACCUUUCCUUCUUUCUUCCGGGAAAACGACAUGUGACGGGAAAUGGAAUAGUGAAUUUUUUUUUUUUUUUCAUUUGAAGAGAUGAACGUGUGUUGUUCAGUGACCGGGGGAUAAACUGCUGUGUGUGGUGUGGGGAAGGAAAAAGAAAAAUUGUGUGUUUUUUUUUUUGCGGGAGUGUAUUUACGACCAUGACGCUGGACGCACCAGUCGCCCAACUGCUGAAGACCUGAGGAUUUUUUUUUUUUUUUUUUAAUUCUUCGACGCCUGUCGCCCAAGCGUCCUGUCUCCGGGAAAAACCCGGGAAGACGGAGGACGUAGCGAGGAACGCCUCUCUCAAGAGAAGUCCCGCCCGUAUGAUGAGAGAACUGGGGACGGUCAGCCCCGUUGUCUGGCCGGCAUGGUGCUACUCAGGUGAAGGACAGACGGACAGCGAAGCGACGCCCGCAGCGACGGACCCGCCCGGCCAGCAGGCGACUGCUCCGUCGCCGACGCCCAAGACGCCGCGGGGCAAGCGACGCGCCGGCCCCGGGGGCGGCCACGGCGCCUCCUCCGCCGCCCCCAACGGCUCCGACGCCCACCACCACCACCACAACAACAACAACAGCGUGGUGAAGAGCGAGCGGCUGAGCCCGGCGGGGCCGGCCGCCCCCGACACCCCGGGCGGCGGGUCCUCGUCGUCGCGCAGCGCCACGCCGGGCAGCUGCUCCUACCCGGGCACACCGCCCGCCGCCGCCUGCGCCGCCCCCGCCAGCCCCGGGGGCAGGCCCGGCGCCGAGCAGCUCGUCAGCCGCAACUACAGCGACUUCAUGCGCAGCCUCGCCGCCAAGUACAACAACGCCAACCCCAACGACUACUUCAGCGCGCCGGCGCGGAACGGCUUCCCCGUGAGCCUGGACCCGCGGUUCGCACCCUUCAAGCAGGAGAGCCCCUCCGCCUCGGCGACGGCCGCCUCCCCCUUCGCCGGCCUGCUGCACAAGCCGGCCUCGUCCAAGGACGCCGCCCCCGACAAGGCGGCGGCGGCGGCGGAGGCGGCGCAGCACCUGUACGCGCCCUUGUUCCCGCCGCUCAUCGACAUGAGCUCCACGCAGGCGCUGCUCAACAUGGUGCGCACGGCCAACGCGCACAGCGCCGCCGCCUCGCAGCUCGAGUCCUACCUCAAGGUGUCGUCGGCCAAGCGCGGCGGCGAAGGGUCUUCGUCGUCCGCCUCCGGGUCGCCGCUCGACCUGUCCGCCGCCGCCCCCGCCAAGAGGCCGCGCGGCGGCAAGGCGCUGCCCGAGGCGCUCCGGGACCCGCCCCCGGCGCGGCGGCGCUACGGCAGCGUGUCGCCCAAGCCGCUGCGCGCCGCCCCCGGGGCCCGGGCGAGGACCCUGCCCUGCCUGUCACUGUGCGCCGACUCGCAGGCCACCGCCUCGUGGAACGUGGACGACGUGUGCAACUUCGUGGGCGCCAUCGACAUCUGCGCCGAGUACGUGCCGAACUUCAGGGAGCAGCGCAUCGACGGCUCGGCGCUGCCGCUGCUGACCGAGGACCACCUGACGACCACGCUCGGCAUGAAGCUCGGGCCCGCGCUGAAGCUGAAGGCGACGCUGGCCCGCCGCCUGGGCCACUGCGCCGUGUGCCAGCACUGCGUGCACUGCCACUCGGCCGCGCCGCCCCCGCCGCCCCCGAGCCCCGCCGCCGCCGCCGCCGCCGCGCUCGGCCGCCCCAGCAGCACCGGCAACUGAGCCCGACUCGGCCAGCUUCCAUACGAGACUUCAGUCGCUCUCCCACCCCCGUCUAAGACGUCCCAUCUAGACUCGGCCAACUACCGCUCAGACUUCAGUCGGUCCCCUGCCUUGACUCGGCCAGCACCGCUCGCACUUCAGACGGUCUCCCGUCCUCGUGCUAGACUCGGCCAGCUUCCAUACGAGACUUCAGUCGCUCUCCCACCCCCGUCUAAGACGUCCCAUCUAGACUCGGCCAACUACCGCUCAGACUUCAGUCGGUCCCCUGCCUUGACUCGGCCAGCACCGCUCGCACUUCAGACGGUCUCCCGUCCUCGUGCUAGACUCGGCCAGCUUCCAUACGAGACUUCAGUCGCUCUCCCACCCCCGUCUAAGACGUCCCAUCUAGACUCGGCCAACUACCGCUCAGACUUCAGUCGGUCCCCUGCCUUGACUCGGCCAACACCGCUCGCACUUCAGUCGGUCUCCCACCCCGUCUCAGACAUCUCACAUAUAGUCGGUAUAACUUCCACCCAGACUUCAGUUGGUCUCCUGUCUUGACUCUGUUUAACUUUACGCAGACUUCAGUUGGUCUAUCGCCUAAACUCGUCAAGCAUUCAGUAGUACAUCUACCCAAACUCUAUGCUGGUUGAUCUCCCACUCGUAUUUAGAGCAAUUUUUUUUUUCCUGUCGUCACAUCCAGAACUCUGGCAACAUUUGCUUGAACUUCAGUUGGUUUCUGCUGGCGUGCUAUGCUGGCAUCUACCAAAAAUUAAGUUGGUCCACCGCCCAGCCUGCAACUGGGUUUUUACGAAAACACGCCCGAUUUCCACUUAGACUCUGUUUAUAUCGCUCCUCAAACUUCAGUUGAUUUUCUGCUUAAAACUCCGCCAGUUUUCGGGUGACGUAAUUUCAGACUGAGCCAACCAUUCCUGAUAUUUAACGAGACCUCUGCCAAGAGUGUAUACAGAAUUCUCCUGAACUUUGCCUGGUCUCGAUUUAUCUCAACCGAAACUUCAGCUGUCCUCUUCUCUGUGUUUGACUAAGUCUACCACCCUGGAGCUUAAUUAGGUUUACGCUUCAUAAUACAUGUUUUUACUCGGACAUGUCCCAACAUGUGUCCAAAUUUAAAUUGUUAUCUGGCCGAGUCUUUGUCAACCGUGGCUUUUACAUGCGCACUUUAUUGGAUCUCUUGCCAGAACUCAGAAUAACAUAUCCACAUUAGCUUGGCUUCUCUUCGUGCGUAGCUCGCGAUCGCACAAACCCUCAUGUAUAAAAAAACAAUUAAGUACAUUCAUGAAGAAUAACAAGCCCAUUUUAUUGCAUUACUGCUUCACAUUUCAUAGCGUGUAAGUAACAACGUCUGAGAGCGAUUGUGGUUCACAUUGAGUCUGGUUUUGUAUCUAAACACCAAUGAGAAACCAACUAUGAUAUGAGAUUUUACAUCGUUUUGAAAUAUAUUUGCUUUUAAAUUUUAAACAUCUAGCCUCCAAACAUGAUCCUGGAAAAAAAAAUACUCUUGUUCUUGAAUGUGUUACAUUUAAACUGACUGAGCGUACAUAUCUUACGUAAAAAGUAAAACAUUAAAACUUGCCGUACAAAAAAAAAAGGAGGUACGAUGAUCAUUUCCAAUAUAAAUAUCAAAAAAUUAUAAAUUAUGGGAAAUAAUUUUAAAUAAUUAAACUUUUAUAUUAACAUACCAUUUGGUUUUCUGUUUACGGUUGCUCAAAUUAUUUUUAGACACAUUUAGUUACAUUUUGGGCUCUUUAAAGGCUUACAUUCUGCACUGACUAUUAUUUUAACGUUACCUUAGGGAUCUUCAACUUUAUCAUUAAUUUUUUUUCACACAAGUUCAUGACCCAAUGUUUUAUCAGUAUAAUGAAUGGUGGAGCUAGAUUUCUAAUAGAAUUGUUUCUUUCUCACUUAGUUUACAUUUAAAACUCAUUUAACAUAAGUCUUCCUUUAUUUGACGUGAAGGAAAAAAUUUCUAGUGUUAAAUUUUUCAAGACAACGAACAUUUUCGCAUUUGAAAUAUUUGACUGGGGGUGUUUGUGGUAUUUGGUGUAUUGAAAGUUCAUAGAACAUCAUUUGCUUAACAAUAAUAUUCAGUGAUUAAACGUGUGCAAUGUGUAAUUUUUUUAAUAUGGAUAGUAUUUAUUUGUUAAAACGUGCAGUCUCUAACACUUGAUGCGUGCAAAUUUGUAGUCUUUAGCAGUAUUGAAGACUGGGCGAAGAACACAUGAUGUGGUGUCGAAAAACAAGUGACACGUGUAAAUAAAAGUAACGCUGUGAUAAAAUGUUCGAGAAAACGCAUGUAUGUGAGUGCCUUAAAAAAAAUCAGAGUAUGAAUUUAAUGUUUCACACGUGAGUGAAAUGUGUGUUUUUUUUUUUGUCACCGCAAAACGUUCAGUAUUGUAUUACUUAAUUUAAUGUGACCUGAAGAUUUUCGUGUUAUGUACUUUGUAAGCUAUGUACUGGAGGUUCAUCUGUGUAAUCGUAAUGUGCCUCUUACAACUGCAGUAAUACCACACGGAAAAAACCAACUCUUUCAAACAGUUUGCAGUUUAAAUGCACGAGACUUGCAUUUGUCAAUUUGUAGGCAUGGGUAAAUCGUCAAAGCUGAAAUGUUCCAGUAACGAAUAACGAAAUGAAUCAACUAUUUCUUGAACCUGUGUUAGUCAUGUUUGCUAUGUUAAUUCUUCUCUGCUUAGUAUUUUUCAUAAAACUGAAACAAAAUCAACUGUUAUUUAUCUUCACAAAUCUACUGUACAAAAUAUGUACAAGUGAGAAGAUUUGUUACUUCAAAGUAAUAGUUUUGACCGAAAAGAACUCAUUAUGAACAGAAUUUUUUUUACUGUGGUUUGUGAAUUAGGUAGAUUCACAAAUUUAACAACAAAAAAAAAACGUGCGCUCAGUAAAGAAAUAUUUGUUAUACAGAUAAUUGAAAAUAUUAUUUUUAUUGGAAACAUUUUGUGCACAUUUAAUAUUAUUUUUUUACUAUCUUCGUUGGUUUUAAAGUUAUCAGAAAUGUGAAAAUAAUUAUAUUCAGUAUUGGCUGGUUUUCAUAUCCUGUCGUCACCAUAAAACACGUUUAGUAAUAUGGUGAUACAUAUUUUAAGUACUCAAAAUAACCCAGCAUUAAAGUGUUCUCCCCAGCAAUGGAAAAAGCAGAUCAUUUUUUCUAACAUUUUUUACGUCAUUAAAUAUCUGAAGUACUUAAUAUCAUCGGAUGUGUCUUUUCAACAAUGUUUCGUUAUAAAAUGUUCUGGAAACCUAAACAAAUAUAAGGGAAAUAAAAAGUCUAUUAAAACAGAAAAUUAGUCAAAUACAAUAAACCGAAAUUAAACUUUUUGGUUUAAAAUACAAUGAUAAGAUGGAAUUUAAAUUUCCAUUACAGUUUCUAAACAUUCUACCAAAUUAAUUUCUGAAAAUUUAAUAGUACGUACCAUUAAAUAAUCCAAAGUGCCUUUCUGAUACACAGUUACUUAAUAUGUUUAUUGUGAUGGGCAGUUGUCUGAAAGUAUUAACAAAUAAUUAUUCAGGCAGUAUCUGUUCAGUUCAAACGAACUGAUUUAGUGAAAUACCUAAUUUUUACUUUCUAAAUAAUAGCCAGUAAUUAAAAUAUAACCUAUGCAAAAAGUAAAUCGUGCCUUAUCAAGUUUUCCAGAACAUUUUUCGCCGAGGUCAUAGAAGCGUUAAUGUGUAGGUAAAUAUAAAAAAAAUGCUUAAAAAAUGUAAUGAUAAUGUAAAUUAAUGUGUUAGUUUAUAACGGCGUUAUUUAUUGUUCAAACGAAAUCUAUUUUUUAUGUAUGACUGAUUAUGGAUCCACUAUCACCUUGUGAUAAAGGUAGGAUUGAGGGUGUUAAUUUUUUUAUAUUUGUGUAUUUGCAAAUGUAGUCACGUAUUUUGUAUUUGUAUAGUUUUUGAUAUAGUGAAGGGAAAUGUGCAAAUGAACUCUUCUACCCUUUGUUUUUGCUCAGAGAGCAGAUAAAAAUGGUAUAUUUUGUAAUGUAUAAUUUUUAAAGUGGUGUUGAGCUCUCGUUUUUGUAGUAUUUUUAAGUGUGUUGUUAAAAUAUAAUUUAUAAGCUGUA